GAGGGCGUUAAAUCGGUUAUUUACAUCUCUACAUGAUACGCUCCUCCGGUUACCAUUAUUACAACUUGUGCAGUAUACAAGACACUUCUCUUUGUGGUGGACUAAACAAGAGAUGCUGGGAACGAAGAAGCCUCAGUGUUUUUUAAUACCACAAGAAAAAAAUAUAGAAACAUGUGUUUUUUAUCUUACAGUCGUAAUAAUUUUGAGGUUGUUCUGAUAUAUAAUCUUGAAUGAAGUAAAAUUUAAAAUUUAUAAAGUCAUAGAAAAUUAAUUGAAAAAAUUUUUUUAUAAAAAAUUAACCAAGGAUUUAAAUAUAGAACACCAUGGCAAAAAUUAUUUUAAGUAUUCACUGGAACAAAACAAAACAAAAAGGAUGAAUGAAUUGAAAGAAGGAUAUCAAACAAGAAUAUAGUGGAAGAAGAAGCAGAUCCAACAGAAUGUCAAAAUAAAAAAGUCACUGAACAUGAUGUGUUGUUGAGUAAAUGUUAUACAAGCACUGAGAACUUCCACACUGUGUUGUUGUAAAAGAGAUUUGGAAAAGCGCGCAAAAUCAUUUUAAUUUGGUAUUCUAGUGACGUAUCCCGGAGGAAGAAACAAAGUUAAGUAAAAUUGGAAGUUGUUUUCGGUUGUACUUCGAGAAAAUAUGAAACAAAGCAAAAGAAGUAAAAGAUACAGAAAACAAAUUGAUGUGAAAGAAGAUGAUUAUGAAGAAAAUCACUCUCAAAAUAACGCUGACCAUGUGAUGACAAAACACAGAGUGAUUAGCCACUACCACAACCCGUCAUUCAACCACCACCAGAACGCCAGAAGUGAAAGCAAGGACAACAUAAAUGCAAAGCGGCAUUAUUCCACCCAACAACCGCGCAGUCACCGUCAUCACCAUCACCAUCAUCAUCAUCUCAGAAAAGCAAGUACCCAGCAUGAUCAUGCACACCAUCACCAUCAUCACCGGUACGAUGUAAAUAACAACAACAACAACAACGACAACAACAACAACGACAACAACAAUAACAACAACGAUAAUAAUAAAAACAACAACAUUCUCACCUCCAAGGCAACUGUCGAAGAAGCAAAGCCGAGUAAGCACGCGAAAAAAGUUCAAAAAGAAACGUUUCACCGCUCUGUAAAACAACCAAAACGCGAACAACACACGGUAAAUUCACACAGGAGUCAACAUGCGUCGUCGCAAGAUGAAACACGCGGGGAACACAUAUCGCACUCGCCUGAAGAGCUAUGUCAACCUCAUGUUCAAGUUAUUAGUUCAAGUCUAAGCAAUAUUAAGGAAAUAAACAUAGACAAUAAAACAGACGAAACGAAUAAUGAACCGCACACAGAGCGAGUCAAAUUACGAAAGAAACACGAGAAACGAAAUACGCCGAGAAAUAGCGAUGGUAAAAUUCGUAAAAGAUUACCACCCCUUGCCUUUCCUGAAUAUAAUAUUUCAAGUGCGGAAAAACGUUUGUCUCUCCAAGAACCUAAAAGCGCGCGAACUAAGAAAGUUCAUAGAAGUACAACACUGUAUUGGGAAGAACUACCAAAGGGGCACACAAGUGCCGACAAUAUCAUUUAUGCUGUCGGAAAAGAAGCGCAAAUACAAAGUCGAUACACUGAAACAAUUAUUCACAGUGCUUCAACGAAUGGCCAGUUAGAUAUCGUGAAGUUUUAUGUCGAGAAAAACAAAUAUUUGAAUGAACAAAAUGGCUACCUAAACACUGCUUUACACUGCGCUACGUUCCAUAAACAUUUGGAUAUUAUUGAUGUGUUGUUAGAGAGUGAAGCAGAGAUGAAUUUACAAAAUGUUGAAGGAGAUACAGUGCUUCACCUCGCCGUCGAUAAAGAACUAACAGAAGUUGUGAGGAGAUUUCUUGAACGAGGUUGCAACGUGAAUUUGCAAAAUGAGAACGGAGAAACACCAUUACACAUUGCCGUCCACCGUAAAAAUGUCGACGUCGUUAAGCUGUUACUUCAAAAUGGCGCAGAUAUGACAAUAACAAAUCACCAUGGUAACACAGCGCUUCAUAGUUCUGUACAUUUUUUUGCGUUGAUGGAAACUAUUAAUACACUUGUGGACGCACUUACGAAACAAGAAAAGGAAAAACAUGGAUGCACUCACGACGAAGAAUAUAGUAGUACGCAAAAUAAAGAAAUUGAUUUUUUUGAUGAAACAGACGGCUGUCGGAAUGCAAACUUAAAUUUUCAAGUAGAAGACACUAACAUGAUAGAAAGACCUGUUUUGACAAUAGAAGAUGACAAAGAAAUAGUGCAUAAGCACAGUGGAGAACAACAAAUCAAAAACAAGAAUGAAGAAGAGCUGAAUAUGAUAAACCUGACAAAUGCGAGUGGAGACACUGUACUACACAGAGCAGCUAAGUACUGCACAAGUGAAAUAAUUGAAAGCAUUCUUCAAUCAGAACAGAUUGAUUUGUUGCAAAAGAAUAAAAAAGGCAACACCGCUCUUCAUUGUGCAGCUACGCUCCCUAACGUGGAAACUGUGAAACUGCUUGUAAAUAGAGACAAACGUUUGCUCGAUGUUACAAACGGGUUGGGUAACACAGCUUUGCAUUGCGCGAUUGAAAGAGGUCAUGUUGAAACAGUUCAAUUUUUGUUGGGUUCAGCAGCAAGAAGUGAUAUCAAAAACUAUGCUGGUAACACAGCAGUUCAUGCCGCUAUUCUCAACGAGCAACACACAAUACUUAAUGUCCUUUUUCAACACGAUGCUAGAUUGGAUGCAGCAAAUUGUGAAAAUGAAUUACCAAUACAUACUGCAUUCAAGAAAAGAAAUGUUGAUAUAUUUAAAUGCGUACUCGGUAAAAGCAAAAAUUAUAUCAACGACUUCUACAAUCAAGACGGCACUUUACUUCACAUGACGUUUAAGAAUACUUUUACUGCCGAUAAAAAUGACGUCUUUCUUGAAAUGUUGAUUCAUAAUUUCGCUGACGUUAACAUCCAAGACAACGACGGCAACACACCACUGCAUCUGGCGAUAAAAAAACGUCGAAAAAAAGCGAGCGAACUUCUUGUUAUGGUUGAUGGGGUAAAUUUAGAAGUAAGAAACAACGAGGGACAUACCGCUCUCCAUCUUCUUGCGCAAUUUAAUGAAAUAGAUUUAUUCAGUAAAAUGAGGAUAACAAAAAAAGAAUUGGACGUUACCAACAACAACGGAGAGACAGCUUUGAACAUUGCUAUCAGACACAACUAUAGUGAUUUAUCUAUCUUGCUUUUAAAGAUAGCCUGGGACCUAGAUUUUAGUCUGUAGAAAGACUGACAUAUGUGUAAAAUAAUUAUAUCAUCAGCUUUUUUAAACAAGAAAGAACAUU